AUGGAGGCCGGCCCUCCCUGCGAGGUGGCCCUGGAGGCCGGGAGUCGAGCCUCACCCCCUCUGCUCCCCGUGGAGCUGUCGUUGCCCUUUAAACAGAUCAGGCCACUCCUGCUGGGGACCCGUCCCUCUGCCACCAUGAGGAACAUCUUCAAGAGGAACCAAGAGCCCAUGGUGGCUCCCGCCACCACCACCAUGCCCGCUGGGCCCAUGGAAAACUCCACCGAGAGCGGAGGCGCCAGGGAGGGCAAGGGGUACGGGUUUGCCACGGUGAAGGACCGAUUCUUCAAUGAGAUGGUCAAGUUCCCUCUCCCCCGCUGGGCGCUGGGCGCCAUCGCGGUGCUCCUGGGCCUCCUGCUCCUCACCUGCUGCCUCUGCAUCUGCAAGAAGUGCUGCUGUAAGAAGAAGAAGAACAAGAAGGAGAAGGGCAAGGGCGCCAAGAACGCCAUGAACAUGAAGGACAUGAGGGGCGGCCAGGACGAGGACGACGCCGAGACGGGCCUGACGGAGGGAGAAGGCGAGGGGGAGGAGGAGAAGGAGCCGGAGAACCUGGGGAAGCUGCAGUUCUCCCUGGACUACGACUUCCAGGCCAACCAGCUCACCGUGGGCAUCCUGCAGGCCGCGGAACUGCCCGCCCUGGACAUGGGCGGCACCUCGGACCCUUACGUCAAGGUCUUCCUCCUUCCAGACAAGAAGAAGAAAUACGAGACCAAAGUCCAUCGGAAGACGCUGAACCCUGCCUUCAACGAGACCUUCACCUUCAAGGUGCCGUACCAGGAGCUGGGGGGCAAGACCCUGGUGAUGGCCAUCUAUGACUUUGACCGCUUCUCCAAACACGACAUCAUCGGGGAGGUGAAGGUGCCCAUGAACACCGUGGACCUGGGGCAGCCCAUCGAGGAGUGGAGGGACCUGCAGGGCGGAGAGAAGGAGGAGCCGGAGAAGCUGGGUGACAUCUGCACCUCGUUGCGCUACGUGCCCACGGCUGGGAAGCUCACCGUCUGCAUCCUGGAGGCCAAGAACCUCAAGAAGAUGGACGUGGGUGGCCUUUCAGACCCCUACGUGAAGAUCCACCUGAUGCAGAACGGCAAGAGGCUCAAGAAGAAGAAGACGACCGUGAAGAAGAAGACCCUGAACCCGUACUUCAACGAGUCCUUCAGCUUCGAGAUCCCCUUCGAGCAGAUCCAGAGAGUCCAGGUGGUGGUCACCGUGCUGGACUACGACAAGCUGGGCAAGAACGAGGCCAUCGGCAAGAUCUUCAUGGGCAGCAACGCCACGGGCACGGAGCUGCGGCACUGGUCCGACAUGCUGGCCAACCCCCGCCGGCCCAUCGCCCAGUGGCACUCGCUCAAGCCCGAGGAGGAGGUGGAUGCGCUGCUGGGCAAGAACAAGUAG